UGAAUCGCUCGCUCCUGCCCAAGUUUCAAACCAAAAACCGCACCGCCGCCCCCCUUCCGCAAUGGCGUCGGGCUCCUCCCGAGGUCACGUCGACCAGUUCUUCGCGGCCAAGAAGCGGAGGCCCUCGUCGCAGCAUGGGAGCCCCGGGGCCGCCAAGGGGUCCCUGGCGGGGUACCUGGUCCGGUCCCCUCCCGCCGCCGCGGCGGCGUGCUCGUCGGCUGCCCUGGCUGGCUCCCCCUCAGGCGCCCGGAGGAGCCUCGCGGCGUCCAUGAACUCCGACAUCGCCAAUUCCGCCGCGGCGAUGAAUGUCGACGCGGGCAAUUCCGCGGCGCCGGCGACGGACUACGGGGACGACCUGGAGAUGAAGCGGUUCACCAUGGAGUUCCUGUCCCAUUACUGCAGUGAUAUCCCGUCUGUUAUGAUGUCUGACACUGGCAAGGGCGAACCAGACAAGAAUCAGAAGCGGGGCGCGGGCAACUCGUUCCUGGCUCCGUGCGGUGAUAGAUCUGCCAAGAAGCAGUGCGUUUCUCGUUGUGGAGCCGACGAAGUUCCAAGGGUUAAGGAAUUAGGCAAUAACAUGCCCUUGAAAUGGGUCGGUAAUCGCGGUGCUUCAGAACCUCUUGAGGGAUUUGGGGCCUUGCAAAGGUCCAGCUUUACUCCAAAUGCUGCGCAGAAAAUUGCUGGGUUUUCUGCAGCACCUGGGGAGACCCCAAAAUCUGCAUCCUCCCUGGUAUCACCAGGGGAGGACUUCUGGAAUGCCGCAAUGGAAUUUGCUGAUGGCGUCUCUGCUAUGGCUCACAAGGGUCCUCGAAGGCGACACUGUGAUGCGGCAGCGGACAAGUCGUCCUGUGCAGUUGCACUGGGUUCUAAGACUCUUCCUAGAUCAGGAAAUGAGGAAUUUAACUGUGAAAAUACAGUAGGCAGCAAUCCUAUGAAGCAGAUAGACACGUUCCCAAAUACAUCAGAAUUAGCAGUGACAAAUAGACAGCAUAAAAACAACUCUCCUUUGCCUGUGAAGCAUCUGGAUUUCUUUCAUGAGGAUGCAAUUCAAGUUUCAGGCUUGGAAGGUAAAGAAAAAGGUGGGACUGUUCCUGGAAGUGCACAAGUGAACCAGGGUCGACCGAAGGACAGUAGCUUUUAUAGAACGGAAAACCUCAUGCGUUCUGUAGAUGACACAAAGACAAUUACUUUUAAUCCAGACGUCGGUUCUACGGUCAUGAUUCCUGGUGAAGGUUUGUUCGAGUCAAAAACUGCAGGGAUGGGUCAUUCAAUUGAUGUCGGAGUCAGAGGUUCUUGUAUGAUUAAGAGUGACCUCAAUCAACUGACCCAUGGUAAGGCUAAAUUGCCUGCUGCAAAUUCGAAUUCUUGCAAGCCUAACAGAGAUUCCAAGAGUAAGUUUGCUUCUCAAAGAGUGGAAGCUUGCACUCCUACCAGCUCUGUUCCUCUAAAGGAUCAUUCCAAGCUCUCAAGCUGGCUCCCUCAGGAGCUUUGUGCUAUAUACAUGAAAAAAGGCAUUCCACAGCUAUAUCCAUGGCAGGUGGAAUGUUUACUUGUGGAUGGUGUCUUGGAGAAUCGCAAUCUUGUAUAUUGCGCAUCUACGAGUGCUGGUAAAAGUUUUGUUGCUGAAGUUCUGAUGUUGAGACGGAUAUUGUCCAGUCAAAAGAUAGCAAUUCUAGUCCUUCCGUAUGUUUCAUUAUGUGCUGAAAAGGCUGAACAUCUCGAGCAACUUCUUGCCCCACUGGGUAAGCAUGUCCGUAGCUACUAUGGGAAUCAGGGGGGAGGGUCACUUCCUAAGGAUACAUCAGUUGCUGUGUGUACCAUAGAGAAGGCGAAUUCUCUGGUAAACAAGUUGUUGGAGGAUGGCCGCCUUUCUGAACUUGGUAUAAUUGUAAUAGAUGAGCUUCAUAUGGUUGGCGAUCAGCACAGAGGGUACCUUUUGGAGCUGAUGCUCACAAAACUUCGGUAUGCCGCUGGUGAAGGAAAUUCAGAGUCAUCUAGUGGAGAAACUUCAGGUUCUAGCAGUGGCAAGGCGGGUGCCACCCAUGGAUUACAGAUUAUUGGUAUGAGUGCUACUAUGCCCAACGUUGCAGCUGUAGCUGACUGGCUUCAAGCCGCACUGUAUCAAACUACCUUUCGACCCGUCCCAUUGGAGGAGUUUAUCAAAGUUGGUAAUCAAAUAUUUGAUAAAGACAUGAAUAUUGUACGCGUACUUCCUAAAAUAGCUGAUAUUGGUGGUAAGGAUCCAGACCAUAUUGUUGAGUUGUGCAAUGAGGUUGUUCUGGAGGGUCAUUCUGUUCUUUUGUUUUGCUCCAGCCGAAAAGGCUGUGAAUCAACUGCAAAGCAUAUUGCGAAGUUCUUGAAAGUAGCUAAUGUUGGUUCAAAAGAAGUUAGCUCAGAGUUCCGAGAUGUUGCAUCUGCAGUUGAAGCCUUGAAGAGAUGUCCUGCUGGGUUAGAUCCUGUAUUGGAAGAAACCCUUCCAUUUGGUGUUGCAUACCACCAUGCUGGUCUCACGGUUGAGGAGAGAGACAUUGUGGAAACAUGCUACCGCAAAGGCCUUGUCCGAGUUUUGACUGCCACAUCAACUUUAGCUGCUGGAGUAAACUUGCCUGCGAGGCGAGUUAUAUUCAGGCAACCUAGGAUAGGUCGUGAUUUCAUUGAUGGGACUCGCUAUAGACAGAUGGCUGGUCGCGCUGGUCGAACUGGAAUAGACACAAAAGGAGAGAGUAUACUUGUAUGUAGGCCUGAAGAGGUAAAGAGGAUAACAGGUAUUGUUAGAAGUGAUUGCCCCCCCUUGCAGUCAUGCCUCUCAGAAGACAAAAAUGGAAUGACUCAUGCAAUUAUGGAGGUUGUUGCUGGUGGGAUCGUGCAAACUGCAAGUGAUAUUCAUCGAUAUGUGAGGUGUACGCUGCUUAACUCCACCAAAUCUUUUGACGAUGUCGUAAAGUCUGCUCAAGACUCUCUUCGUUGGUUAUGCCAUAAAAGAUUUGUUGAGUGGAACAAUGACACCAAGAUAUACUCCACCACUCCACUUGGACGAGCAUCUUUUGGCAGUUCUCUUAAUCCCGAGGAAUCACUGGUUGUGCUUGAUGAUCUUUCAAGGGCAAGAGAAGGUUUUGUUCUGGCAUCUGAUUUGCAUUUAGUCUACUUGGUAACCCCCAUAAAUGUGGAAGUUGAACCUGACUGGGAAUUAUACUAUGAGAGGUUCAUGCAACUGUCUUCUCUUGAGCAGUCAGUUGGCAACCGGGUUGGAGUAACAGAACCUUUCUUGAUGCACAUGGCCCAUGGGGCAGCAAUGCCUAUUCGCGGAAGGCCCAAGAGAAAUACUAGUGGAGGUUCUGGUGUAAACACUCUUAUUAAUGACCAGUCACUUAGAGUAUCUAAGCGCUUUUAUGUGGCGUUGAUGAUAUCAAGGCUGGCUCAGGAGAUUCCUGUCACAGAUGUUUGUGAAUCAUUUAAAGUUGCCAGAGGUACGAUUCAAGCUUUGCAGGAAAAUGCUGGCAGGUUUGCUUCAAUGGUUUCUGCCUUUUGUCAGAGACUUGGUUGGCAGGAUUUAGAAGGUCUUGUUGCCAAGUUCCAAAACCGUGUCUCGUUUGGAGUUAGGGCGGAGAUCGCAGAACUUACAACAAUUCCAUUCGUCAAGGGCUCACGUGCAAGGGCUCUUUAUAACUCUGGUUUGCGUACCCCUGUUACCAUUGCUGAAGCAUCUAUUCCUGAAAUCGCAAAAGCUCUUUUCGAAAACUCUUGGUCUGGUCAAGAUGAUUCUGGUUUACGGCGAAUGCAAUUCGUUAUAGCCAAGAAAAUAAAAAAUGGAGCUCGUAGAAUUGUUCUUGAGGAGGCAGAAGCAGCCAGAGUAGCAGCAUUCUCAGCUUUCAAGUCACUUGGGGUAGAAGUUCCUCAGUUUACCACACCUCUGCUCCCAGCUAGUGAGGACUCUCCACCUCGAGAGGCCAUGGUAUUUCCUAGUGCAGGUCAUGCUAAGUGCCAAGAGUCAGUUUUAGGGGCACGUGAUGGUGAUGAAAGAAACAUCUGCUCUGAUUAUGUUGCUCAAAGGGCUUCUACAGAGAUUGUAGGGGAGGAUAUGCACCCUGUUUCUACCAUUCAUAUUAAAGAGAGCCAAGGAAUAGCAAAUAGUGUCAACCUUGCUAGUAUGCAAGAAGCAUCACCUUUAUCGACGUUGCCCAGCAGAAAUGUGGCUGACAGAGGUCCUGUCAAUGCACAUAACUUCCCUGGAGGGUUUGAUGGUUUCCUUGAUCAAUGGUCUUCUGUUAAUGAAUUUUCUUUUGAUCUUCAUUUUGUUAAGAAAUCAAGUAAACUAUCUUUGACCAUUUUUGAAAUUCUUGGGGUGGCUGUUUGUUGGGAAAGUUCACCCGUCUACUACUGCAAUUUCCCAAAAGACCUAACCCCAACUGGCAACAAUAAUUCUGUUGAAUUGUGGGAAGGAUUUAGGAGAAGAUGGAGUAGAAUAGUUGGCAUUAUGCAGCAAAAGAGUGUCAAGAAAAUGACAUGGAAUUUGAAGAUCCAGAUUCAGGCACUUAAAUCUCCCUGUGUUUCUUGUCAACGGCUUUCUAGGCUUCACCUUGACCCUAAAACAUUGAACAAUAUUGAAGUCCUAGACAGCACAUAUGUGUUAUUACCACCAAUCUCUGUCUAUAAUGGGUUAGACAUAUGCUUGGUGGCAUGGAUUCUCUGGCCAGAUGAGGAAAGCAAAACAGUGCCAAACCUCGAGAAGUUAGUGAAGAGACGGCUACCUAGUGAGGCUGCAGCAGCAGCAAAUCGGGAUGGCAGAUGGAGGAAUCAGAUGCACAAAGCAGCUCACAACGGUUGCUGUAGGCGGGCUGCACAGACAAGAGCACUGGGUUCUGUUUUGAUGAAGUUGCUUGUUUCUCAAAAUCUCAGUGAUUUGAUUGAAACAGUUGAGGGUCCAUUGGUAAAUGUUCUUGCUGAUAUGGAAUUAUGGGGAGUUGGUGCUGACAUGGAUGCAUGUCUCCGUGCGAGGCAUAUUAUAAUAACAAGGCUGAAGGAGCUAGACAAAGAAGCAUACAAAUUAGUGGGCAAGAGUUUCUCACUAAAUGCAAAUGCUGACAUCGCUGACAUUCUUUUUACUCACUUAAAACUGCCAGUACCAAAAGGGUGCGAGAAAGGGAAGUUGCAUCCUAGCACUGACAAGCAGUGUCUGGACCAUCUAAGGGAUCUACACCCAAUUGUCUCAGUAAUUAAGGAACAUAGAACAUUGGCCAAACUGUUGAAUGGCACAUUGGGGUCCAUCUGUUCACGGGCUAAGUUGUGCAUCCAAUCCCAAAGGUACAUCAUACAUGGAAAUUGGCUUCAGACAUCAACUGCUACUGGCCGUCUAUCAAUGGAAGAGCCAAAUCUUCAGACUGUUGAGCACAUGGUGAAUUUCACAACAGGAAAGAAUGAUAAAGAUUUCACAAGCAUGUCAAUGGUUGAUCGUCAUGAAAUCAAUGCCCGUGAAUUUUUUGUUCCCACUCAAGACAACUGGUUGUUGGUAACUGCCGAUUACUCCCAGAUAGAGCUGCGUUUUAUGGCGCAUUUUUCUAAAGAUCCUGUAUUGAUCGAGCUUCUAAGUAAACCAGAUGUUGAUGUGUUUACUAUGAUUGCCUCAAGAUGGAGUGGCAAAGAAGAGUCUUUGGUCUCUUCUAAGGACCGAGAUAACACAAAGAGAUUUAUUUAUGGCAUCCUUUAUGGAAUGGGCUCCAACUCCCUUGCAGAACAACUUGAAUGCAGCCCAGCUGAAGCUGCACAGAAAAUUCAAAGUUUCAAGAGAUUCUUUCCAGGCGUUUCUUCGUGGCUACAACAAGCUGUGGCAUCAUGUCGCCAAAAAGGAUAUGUUGAAACCUUGAUGGGACGGAGACGUUUUCUUACAAAGAUUACCGCUGGAAAUAGCAGAGAGAAAGCUCAAGCACAGAGACAAGCAGUUAAUUCUAUUUGCCAGGGUUCUGCUGCUGAUAUUAUCAAGGUGGCUAUGCUUAAGGUUCAUUCUGUAAUAACCAAUGGGAGUAACACAGUUGAUUCCAUGGAUGGGCUUACGCAAAACUUUUCACAAAUCAGAGGGCGUUGUCACCUUCUUUUGCAGGUGCAUGAUGAACUUGUGCUUGAAGUUGACCCGUCUAUGGUGGCAGAGGCUGUAAGGCUGCUACAGAUAAGCAUGGAAACUGCAGCUUCACUCUUGGUACCUUUACGCGCUAAAGUGAAGGUUGGAAAAACAUGGGGUUCACUUGAGCCUUUCCACCCAGAGCCUUGAUGCUGAACUACCCAGGAAAUCACAUUUUUCCUCUUUUGUCAAGACCAAUAGCCAUUGCCAUCAUAAAGCUGGGUCAUAGUGCUUUCUGGUUCUCUAUCAGAUGGGCCCGCGGUUGCUUUGUGUCUUUUGUUAUGGUAUCAAAUCAUGACCUGCGAUGCCGCCGUUGUGGCGUCUGCGUAUGAAGGCGAUUAUUUCAUCAUCAAUCAACUCAGAGAUUCCAACUGGCAAGAGGACAUUUUUUUAGAUCAUAACCUGGCAAGAGGACAUGAUGAGUGUGCAUGCAGUUCCUCCAAUAUCUUUGAGGAUAUCACCGAGCAAGCUUGUACAUAUUCCAUGAAUGCAUUACCUGAAGCGUGGGGCAUCUUGUUUGCUGGGAAAUCUGGAGAGCAGACUCUACACAUUUUCGUCGCGAAAAGAAAGGGCUCCCCAUCUUGAGCCAUCUCCAUCAUGGACGUGGCCGCCCAUUGGAACCUACUUGGUCUCUCCAUUCUCUUUGAUCCUGGCUGAGCUGCGUUUUGCACCAGUGUUUGUACAGUUAAGGUUGUUCCUUGUGGCGUAGGCACCCGGUGUGUAGGUUUUGUUUUACCCUUUCUCUUUUGUUCGGUUUGCUGUUGUACUUGGCCAUCCUGGCUGAGAUCAAUGGAUUCUUAGCAGCUCGUGCUGACAUCAAAAGAAUGUAGCGAUAGAAAAAGAGAUGUACAUAUCAUGCAACUGCAUUGAUGGAAGGGCAGCGCAAUGUUUUUGAUGCUUGCAAUUGCCAUUGUAGAAAAUCAACGUGUGCAUAAUUGUAGUUGCAAUGAUGUUACUUGUGUUAACCGAAUGAGAUACAGGGGUGUAUAAGGUUUGAGCCCAGCUCAUAUGGUGAA